AUGUCCGACGUCAACGGAAGGAAAAGGAAGAGGGACGGCGAGGGCAAGUCAAAGCCCAAGAAGAAGACGGCCAUUGAUGGCGACGUCACAGAGGUCCCUGGAACGCCCAUUCGGAUCAAGUCCGUCAAGAAGGCGAAGUACUGCCCGCCCGUCAUAGUGUCUGCACCUGGCGUGCGCCUGGACGAGGACAUCACGUUCCGAACCUACCAGAAGAGGCAGACAGCCGGACGCAAGUCGAGCCGGCGCCAUGCCUCGGAGCAGGAGAUCACCCUGCACUCGACAAAGCACCGCACUGUCGACUUCACCGCACGGGAGGAGGAGGUCGACACGAGGGGCGAGCCUUACCAGCAGGAGUACGUCGCCCUGUACAACCCCAAGACGGGGGGGCUCGAGGUCAUCGCGGCGAAGAAGAUGGUGGUGCGAGGCACGGUGAGGGCGAAGCAGGCAGACGAGGACGCCAUGAUUGCACCUGCCGACAUCAAGGACCGCAAGGUGGACCUCGGCCAGACGUUCGGCACACGAAAGGCGAAGAAGAUUAUCGAGUCGAACCGCAUCAACGCCAUCGGUCCCAAGCGCGGAGAGCAGGACGCCGACGGCAACGCGAUUACGGCCAAGCUCGAUUCGGCGGAGAAGGCGACACUGUCGCACAUCGGACAGGUGACGUCGACGAUGGCGUCGCGCGACGAGCUGCAGGCGGCGAUUGACGAGUCGAAGCCGGUGCCGCGGGCGAACCUCGAAGCGGACGAGGUAGCCGACGUGUACGACCCCAAGGUGAUCAUCGGGACCGACGUGCUCAAGGCGGUGCCGGUGCGCGACUGGCAGGAGGCGGUGGAGAAGAACGAGAACAUUGACCUCGCGUCGCGGUACGUGGCGCGGCGCAUCGGGCGCGUCGGCAAGCAGGAGAAGCCGCUGGAGAAGCUGCGCAUCAUGCGGUACCUCUACUUCCUCAUCCUCUUCUACGUUACGGCCAAGGACGGCCGACAGAGGGGCACCAAGCGGGUGCCGCCGAAGGACCAGCUCGCCAAGAACCUGUCGCCGGCGCCGCAGUCGGUCAUCGACAGCAUCCGGCGCAAGUUCUCGGACGGCGGUGAGAUUCGCAAGUUCCACAUGGACCUCAUCAUGACGCACUGCGCGGCGCUGUCGUGCAUCAUCGACAAUUUUGAAACGGAGCCGAGGGACCUCAGGGAAGACCUGCGUCUGGACUCCAAGACGAUGAACCAGUACUUCCAGGAGAUUGGUGCCAAGAUUGGACAGAGGAAGGCGGCUGGUGAGGCCAAGGCGCAGCCAGUCGCGAAGCUGGCGAUGCCGCUCGUGUUCCCCAAGAUGAGCCGUGGCGCGCCGAUGCGGCGAUGA